AUGGUGGAUAUAUUGAGAUCGACGCGGGCCCUGCCCGAACCGCGGCAAGUCGGCGCAUUCCGCGAGGGGUGGGGCGAUAUCCCGAGGGGUGGGGUAGCCAACCGAUCGCGCGCCAUUCCACGACGAUCCGCAGACCCGGCAACACUGCACGUUCUGUGCCACAGUUAUCCGCGAACAUUCCACUCGAAGUCAUGCAUUCGUGAGCGCGAGUUUCUAUGCUUCCAUCCAGUGACUGUGCAGGUGAAUAAUAAUAAUUAUUGUUGUGACCGGCGCGCUUUUGGGGAUUUUUUUUCUCGACCUAUCGGACUACACUCGUUCACAACGCUGGAACAUUUGAGGCCGAUCGUGGCUUCUAUCACCACCUUGAUUGGGAACUGUGAUACUAUGGAGGCCACGUACUGCGUCGGUACUGAUGUCGAUGUCUGCCGCAUGUUCGAUCAGUACUUGUAUAAGGUACGUCGUAUCGUAGGAUCCGGUUGCCCUGUUGUAUUCGACACUCGUUUAUUACUUACUGGUUCUUUUGCCUAG